AUGCCAUCCGCCACUACCAAACCGGCCCUUCGCCGGAUUCCUGCCAAAUCUUCCACGGAGAAAAUUCUCAAAAUUAUCUCGGAAGACGGCGGGGUCAUUCUCGAAGACUUCCUUACAGCUGCUCAGGUUGAGUCCUGGAAUGCAGAACUUGAUCCAGCACUGGAUAAACUUGCAGCGGGUUAUGAGGUUCCCGACAACUUCGAAAGGGCUGAGUUCCACGGCAACAACACAAAACGCCUCACAAAUAUCGUCACACACAGCAAAACGUUCCGCGAGCAACUUCUAGAUAAAGACAGCGUGCACGAGAUCGCGUCUCGAGUAUUCGAAGCGGAAUCUGGCAGUUAUUGGCUAGGUGCAGCGCAGGUCAUCGAGAUCGGUCCAGGAAAUCCAGCACAACCACUUCACCGUGACUUGGAAAAUCACCAUCCUUUCGUUACUAUGGGACCGGCAGGUCCAGAGGUCGCUCUCAACUUUUUGAUUGCCCUCUCAGACUUCACUGAACGCAACGGAGCGACACGUGUUAUUCCGGGCAGUCACAAGUGGCCUGAUUAUAACGACCGCGGAAAUCACGAUAUGACGAUUCCAGCUGAGAUGAGAAAAGGCGACUGUCUCUUGAUUAAUGGAAAGGUGUGUCACGGUGGUGGCCAUAACCAGUCCACAGACUUUUAUCGACGCGCAUGCGCAUUCACCUUCCAACCUGGAUUCCUUACUCCAGAGGAAGCGUACCCAUUUAUGAUCGAUAUGGAGAUGGUCAAGGCAAUGUCUCGACGAGCCCAGCAGAUGGUUGGAUUUCGAUCAGUGUAUCCUAAAGGCUCCCCGGGGUUGUGGUGUAUUGACGUGAAAGAGCUUGGAGCGCAGAUUGGACUUUGA